AUGUCUGACGACGAAGCCCGCGUCCUUCGCCCGCGUCCGCAGCGCGUGUUUCGCGUCAAUGACUCCUCCGGAUCGUCUACUCCUGCAGAACCCUCAAACAUGGACACCCUAACUCCCAAAGAACCUGGCUCGGCCGCCAUCAGUCGAAAUGGGUCUAUAAUGAACCUCACAUCGCCGACACUGUAUGGUAUCUACUCUCCGACAGCCUUUGAAGGUACUCGCGAUGAAGACAGUGCCUGGGGAACAGAAGCAGACGUACAGCCUUCCAGCCCAGACAUCCCCAAAGUUCAGCCAACGCUGGCCCGAAGCAGAACUGAGUCUGCUGCUGUUCUCCGCACCCGGUCGCGUCUCAGCCACGGUUUGUUCCGUGGCGUUAUCCUGCCUCAGACGAUCAGCGGCGCGCUACUCUUUGCCUUCGGCGUCGUUUACGGUAUUAUUACCAUUCAUCUGCACGAAAAUCACUGGAUCACCCCGGUCAAGCUGGAAUAUACUCAUUUCUACGGGUCGUGGGAAUAUUUGGGAUUCUGGGGCUUUACUGGUGUUGCCAUUGGGAAUGUGCUUCCCUGGCUGGAUUCGUAUCUAGGCGGAGCUAUCGCACAAGAGAAGCAGUCGAGCAAUGAUUCCGCGGAGCUUGCUCUCUCCUGGUCUGCGGUUGUUCGUAGCGUUGGAGCUUUUGUGGGAAUUGCAUUUGCCAUGCGUCGCACCCCCUGGGAGUCCACAACCCAAGCAUCUUUAACACUAGCCCUGGCCAACCCUGUGCUGUGGUAUCUUAUCGACCGCACCAAGACCGGCUUCAUCUUAUCGACAACCCUCGCUAUCGGAGGAAUGAGCCUCCUGCUUGGUCUUAAGCCUGGUCUAAUUCCAGCAACAGAGGGUUCAGCACCCGUUAUCCCCUCGCUCAAUGGGGUCGGGCCAGAAGCCACACCAGGGGCAAGACUCACCCAGGAGAGUAUGGCGGUUCGGACGUGGAUUGCUAGUGUUCUCUUCUGCGCAUGCGUAUGCUUUGGAAACAUUGGCAGGCAGCUUGCGGGAGAGUCUCGUCGUGAAACUAUGAAGGGCUGA